UGCAGCUGGUAGCCAGCAGAUGUGUUAAUGGUGAUGAGAGACUGAGUUACUGGCUGCCCCCUCCCAUCUCCAGCGCAGCACCUUAGGAUGAGAAUGUGUCUGCCGUGUAUUCUGGUUACAGCUCCCCACACCCCCUCCCAGCUGAUCGAAUGACGUAGCAAGAGAAGUGAGCUCUGAAUUUGGGGGUCUGCUUCUCUCUCUCUGCAGCUGAGGUUUGGAGACCUUAAGCUUGGAAAAAGAGGUAAACGUGGGUAUUGGAAGCAUUCUGUACUCAGAUUUGUUGUGGUAUUAAUGCAUUUUCGAUUAUUCAGACCUCUUAGCUUGUCCGCAGUUCCAUUAACUGGUGUGGGAAGAAACGUUAAUUAUCGGACGAAGGAAAACCACUCUGUCCAUGGAAUGGAAGCCCAGAUGAAUUAGUGGGGUCUGGAGUCCUAAUUCAGGGCUACUCUUGUUUACCUUCGAAGAGAACAGCAUUUGUAAUAAUCUGAGCGGGGUGCAUGGACCUUUAUCAACACCCCCACCCCCAUUAUGAAGAUGAGCUGCUACACGGACGUCCCCCUUGGCUGGCCGGUCCUUCCUCACUGACAGUAACUGGCAGUAGCAGAGCUUUUUAGCAAACUAAGCAAGUUGGAGUGACUUGCGAAGACCCCCAUCGAUUUCUUUAAAUUACUGACCCGUGUUUUGGGGUGGCAGUCGGCACCCUCUAAGUUUGAAGCGGCGGGGAGGACUAAUGGCAUCGACUGGACUGUGAAACAUCUCAUUCUUCAUAACAGAAGCAUUGCUUUGGAAUUGACUGCUUACACUGACAGCAAAAGGCCUCCAUUAGGAUCGUGUAUGGCGGGGUUAAGACUGUGGCCGCACACGUCACUAUUUCUCCAGUUUGGAUUAUUGACAUUAGUGUUGUGCUUGCAUAUUUUGCAAGCAGAUGCAAGUGAAGUCGAUGCAUCAAGCCUUGUAAACAAGACAGAGCAUUGUGCCACAGAAUAUGAGUGCACAGAGGGUGUUAUCCUGCCUAUCUGGUACCCAGAGAACCCCUCCCUGGGGGAUAAAAUCGCCAGGGUUAUUGUUUAUUUUGUGGCCAUGAUCUACAUGUUUUUGGGGGUGUCCAUAAUUGCUGAUCGCUUCAUGGCCUCCAUAGAGGUUAUCACAUCACAGGAGAGGGAGAUUAUCAUAAAAAAAGCUAAUGGAGAAACCACCACAACUACUAUCCGCAUUUGGAAUGAAACCGUUUCUAACCUUACCCUUAUGGCUCUUGGCUCAUCUGCUCCCGAGAUCCUACUUUCAGUCAUAGAAAUAUGUGGCCAUGGGUUCAAAGCUGGAGCUCUGGGACCAUCAACAAUUGUAGGAAGUGCAGCUUUCAAUAUGUUUAUUAUUAUCGCCAUCUGUGUUUAUGUGAUUCCCGAUGGGGAAAUAAGAAGGAUUAAACAUCUCAGAGUUUUCUUCAUCACUUCUGCCUGGAGUAUUUUUGCCUACAUCUGGCUCUACAUGAUUCUGGCUGUUUUCUCUCCAGGUGUGGUUCAGGUAUGGGAAGGCUUGCUUACAUUGUUUUUCUUUCCUAUCUGUGUUGUUCUUGCUUGGAUGGCAGACAGACGCCUUCUGUUUUACAAGUACAUGCACAAACGGUAUCGGGCAGAUAAACAGCGGGGAAUUAUAAUUGAGACAGAAGGAGAUCAUCCCAAAGGUAUAGAGAUGGAUGGCAAAAUGAUGAAUUCACACUUUAUUGACGGAAAUUUGCUGGGACUGGAGGGAAAGGAGGUUGAUGAGUCCAGAAAAGAGAUGAUCCGAAUACUGAAAGACCUGAAGCAGAAGCAUCCAGAAAAGGAUUUGGAUCAACUUGUAGAGAUGGCUAAUUACUAUGCUUUGUCUCACCAGCAAAAAAGUCGAGCAUUUUACCGCAUACAGGCCACAAGAAUGAUGACAGGGGCUGGCAAUAUCUUGAAAAAGCACGUUGCAGAGCAAGCCAAAAAAUCUGCUAGCAUACAGGAAGUGCACACAGAAGAAACUGAGGAGUUUGCUUCAAAAAUUUACUUUGAUCCAUGCUCCUACCAGUGUCUGGAAAACUGUGGUGCUGCCAUACUGACAGUAGUGCGAAAGGGUGGAGAUAUUUCCAGAACAAUUUAUGUCGACUAUAAAACAGAGGAUGGUUCUGCUAAUGCAGGAGCAGAUUAUGAGUUUACUGAGGGCACAUUAACAUUUAAAUCAGGAGAAACCCAGAAGGAGAUCUCUGUUGGCAUCAUUGAUGAUGACAUCUUUGAAGAGGAUGAGCAUUUCUUUGUAAGACUCAGUGCUGUUCGUAUAGUAGAAACAGAUGACCUUCUUGGGCCCAACAAUUUGCCAUACCCCAAGGCCAUUUUGUCCUCUCCCUUUGUCGCCACAGUGACAAUCUUGGAUGAUGACCAUGCGGGUAUCUUUACAUUUGAGUGUGAUGCAGUUCACGUCAGCGAGAGUGUCGGUGUGAUGGAAGUAAAAGUUCUGAGGACUUCUGGAGCUAGGGGAACAGUCAUUGUACCUUAUAGGACAGUAGAAGGAACAGCAAAGGGAGGGGGUGAGGAUUUUGAAGACACUUACGGAGAGCUAGAAUUUAAAAAUGAUGAGACUGUCAAAACAAUUCAGAUCAAAAUAAUUGAUGAUGAGGAAUAUGAGAAAAACAAGGAUUUCUACAUUGAGCUGGCCGAUCCUCGCAUGAUGGAUAUGAGUUUACAGAAAGCACUUCUCCUGGCUCAAGAAGCAGCAGACAGAAAGCUUUCAGUAGAAGAAGAAGAGGCCAAAAGAAUUGCUGAAAUGGGGAAGCCAGUUCUUGGGGAGCACCCGAAACUGGAAGUUGUCAUAGAAGAAUCAUAUGAAUUUAAGAGCACAGUGGACAAGCUUAUAAAGAAGACUAACCUUGCACUGGUUGUUGGAACCCAUUCAUGGAGGGAUCAGUUCCUGGAAGCCAUUACAGUCAGUUCUGGAGAGGAUGAUGAUGAAGACUCUGCUGAAGAGAGACUGCCCUCUUGCUUUGACUACGUGAUGCAUUUCCUUACUGUCUUCUGGAAGGUUCUGUUUGCCUGUGUGCCUCCUACAGAAUAUUGGAAUGGUUGGGCCUGUUUCAUUGUUUCCAUUCUCAUUAUUGGAGUUCUCACAGCUAUCAUUGGAGACCUGGCCUCACAUUUUGGCUGCACAAUUGGCUUAAAGGAUUCUGUAACGGCUGUUGUGUUUGUUGCAUUUGGCACUUCAGUACCAGACACUUUUGCUAGCAAAGUUGCUGCCACCCAGGACCUUUAUGCAGAUGCAUCUAUUGGAAAUGUGACAGGGAGUAAUGCGGUUAAUGUUUUCCUUGGGAUCGGAGUGGCAUGGUCAAUCGCAGCCAUCUACUGGGCCUCCAAAGGUCAAGCCUUCCAUGUCCAGCCUGGAACCUUGGCAUUCUCUGUCACAUUGUUCACCAUCUUUGCUUUCAUUGCAGUCACUGUCCUGCUAUACCGAAGAAGGCCACCCAUUGGGGGAGAACUAGGUGGUCCAAGUGGAUCCAAAAUCAUCACUUCCUUAUUUUUUGUGAGCCUAUGGUUGCUGUACAUUUUGUUUGCUAGCUUAGAGGCCUACUGCUACAUUGAAGGAUUCUAAACAGGGAGGACAGAAAAAAAAACUAUCAGGAACCUCUCUGUCGUUCUCAGUUAGCUCCCUGGACUCAGUGGUGAAGUCUGUCACAAUGGGACGUCUCAGUGCAGUCUAGUAUCCACAGCCAUGGUCAUUGAGGGUGCUUAACAGGCAGAGUAAUAAGAAGCCAACAAACAAAAGGUCAUUCUUUGAUUGCUGCCAGAAAACCUGAGCUAUUUAUUGCCCUUGCAUUUUUUUUUUAAAUAAAGCCAAGCUGUUGUAACAAAACAAACAAAACUGCAUAUAUUUUCUAAGCAUUUUAAGGGAAUGAUUACCAGCUUGGGAAAACUAUAUAUAUUUUUUUCUUUUUUUUUAAUGAACAAAAUCUUACUUCCAUCAGAACAUGGUUUUGAUGAGAAAGGUCCCUCUUACUUGUCAUUUAACAUUUAUAUCUACUAUACGGAACUGUAAUCACAUAAGCAGGAACAUGCAUCUAGAGCACGGAACAACUUGACAACUUGCCAAGGGGCUUCAUGGCCACUUACUUAUUUUACAUGUUCUGUAUAUUUUAAGUAUGUGUUACUCUUUGUCAUUUGCUGUGAGGCUUUUGUGGUGUUGCAGCAAAAUAUUAAAAAAGAGAUGAUAUCACAAGAGGUUGGGGAAUUCACAGAGCCCAAGCAUAGAAAAGCAGGUUCACUGCUCACUUGUCUUGCAAAUGUUUUGGCUGUUUUCAUUUCUCUUGUUUGUAUUGAAAGCAGAAGUUAAUUAGAACCACAAACCCUUCAGCAUCACUUCAUUUCAGAAUGCUCAGACCGUUUAACAGUCUUAACAUUAGAUUAGUAUUUUUAAUCAUUUUCAGAAGGCAAAUACUACAGCAGAAAAGCAGAAACGUAACUUUUUAAUAUGCACAUGGUUAAUUAUUUAAAAAGAUUAUUCUGUUAAGAAAGAAGUUACGCCCCUCUCCUUGGUAUGGAUUUUUUAAAGAAUUUUUAUGUAAUACUGCCUUCUGAAAGCAAGAACAGAAGAAACUGUAAUAUUUAAAUCACUGGAAAUCCUUUUUUCAUAUUCUUAAGCAGACGCUGCAUAUACUUCCCAUUUUAGAAUUAACUACAUUAUCAAUGCCAUACAGUAUGAGAAGUUUAUUUGCAUAACAAGAAGAAAGGAUGGCUCCUACAAGUGUGUAAUUCAUAUGAGGUGGGGAACAUGUCUAGUUAUCCUUUAACAUACAGUACCAUUCUUCAGAGUCAUACAUGAACUUGUGCUAUAUUUUUAUAAUCUUUUUUCUCCUUAAGAUAGGAAUAUACUGUGCAUACAACAAAUAUAAUAGUGCCAUUUUGAAAUUACACAAUCUAAUGAUUAUAAGAAAUAAAUUUAAUAGAGCUGAAAAAAAAAAAUAUAUAUAUAUAUAUAUAUAUAUAUAUAUAUAUAUAUAUAUAUAUAUUGGUAUGGAAACCUAGAAUAGAAUAUUAUGGAAAAACUAUAAAAAGGCAGGUGAGGUAAUACCAUGGACAGCAGAAUGUCCCCUCCCGCAAAAGAGACCACAGAGGUUUGCUGUAUUAUUUUGGUUUUGGCAAAAAAACUUUUAGAAAACAGCAUGCAGCUAAAUGCUAACACAUUUAUCCUGCAGAAUAUUUUGAUGGUUCAUUUUUUGUAUUAUUAGCAGUGCAACAACCCCCUUCCCCAGCAAAAUUCUGUGAUCUAUGGAGCUGGUAUGCACACUUGAUUUUUUUCAGUGAAAAUAUACUGGAGUAUCAGAGUUUAUGCAGCAUGCUAAAUCCACUGGCUUUGCAGAACUCAGAUAGUUCUUUGAGGUUGUUAGCAGUCUACUUCAGUAGUCCAUGUAAUUUUUUGGCCAUAAAGUUAUUUGAUCUGUUGUCUCAUAAAUAAGUGUCUGGAGUUAAAUACUUUUGUAAACAAAAAGUGUUCAUUUUAGUGUAGAAUCUGAUAUUAUACAAUUUUAUUUAAAAAUAUAUUAAAACCAAAUACAAGGAAAGACAAUAUGUUGAGAUAUACAGUUCAGAUUUAAAUGUUCUGCCCCGUUUGAAGAAGAGAUAUAUUUUACACAUAAUCACAAAUCCAAUCAUAAAUGUAAAAUAAAUUAAAUAUCUUGUUUAUGUUAAAACAGAUACAUAGCAGCAGAACGAUAUAUGCUGCAUAUAGGAUGGGUGAGUGAUCAAUUAAAAAAAUGCUUAUUGUAACACUUGCUCUAAUGUCUUAUACACUUAGGAGUUAUUUAUGACAUAUAUAGAAAAUACAUACUUUCUACAUAUAGGAAGUGAAUGCAAGUCCACUGUUGGUAUUUUUUUUGUAUAUUUGCAGAUAGCAGCAUAUUCCAAAGUUCAUUGUAAUCUGGGUGUGUACAUGAGAAUGACUGAGUUGAACCUGUUCAGACAACCACAACAAAUUAGUCACAGAUUCAUAAACCAGCACUGCCUUUCACUUGACAAAGUUUCAAACCCCCAAGAGAACUGCUGCUGAAGUUGAAGACUGUAUAAAAAGAGUGUUUUUAACGUCUACUAUUUUUAGCUUUAAAAAAAAACUUUGGAAUUUGUUGUAUCAAAUUAUAAAACGCCUGGGGAAACAGUAACAUACCGAGAACUGAAAUAUUACUAUACAUUUGAGUAGGGAUGAGUUUUGUUCCCUUCGUACUAUAUUUGCGAAUUUUAGUUUAUAGUUAUAUUGCCCUGUCUGUGUGCAUGGAACAUGCCAAGGUAGUCGGUGUCCUUAUAUAAGCAAUAAGGUAUUAUCUGAUAUGUAUUUGUAUACAUUGUAUGCUGGAAAGGAAAAACUCAACAAAAGGCCUUACUGGUGUGGAAAUACUUUUGACCAUGAAUUAAACAAGCAUCACAGAAUCAGAGUCUGAUGAGAAAUUAUGCUUACCUAUAAGAAUAACUGCCAGAAAAAUAUAUAUAUAUUCCAUCUUCCCCACUCAUAGGGAAUUUAGAAAAACAAUAGACUAUUAUUGAAGCAGGACAUUUCUUAAAGACACUUUUUUGCUUACCUGUUAUGUGGCAAUGAUGCUGCGCAUGAUCUGAGGAAGCAAAUGUGUGUUGGAAAUUCACGUGGUCAUGCCUUUGCCUUUGAGGCAGACUUUAGUCUAUAUAAAAAACAACAACAACAAGGAAAAGAAAGGAGUAAUUGUACUUUUCCUCAGCCUUAUACAUCAUUGUGUCUCAAAGCCAGAGACACGUUUGCCGUAUAGCUUUACUUAUCUGGAUAUAUAAUUUAAAAUAGAAAUUCACAAUUUAAAGGGAGUUAUGAGUAAUUAGUAAGAAGAAACUGAGAGAAAUUUACCAACCCAAUUAUUGUGCCUAAGCUGCGGAGCUUUGGAAUCAUUUCCCAACACAUCAGAGAAAAUUCCCCUCCUUCCAGGUUUGUAGUAUAACUCACAUUUAAUCAAGCAUUAGAGUGCCUUACGAUGGUUACAGAAUGGCACCUCAGACUUUUUUAAACAAAGUUAUCUGGUAAAUAGUAUUCAUUGUACCUGACUUAAACUACUGCACUGAAAUAAUAUGGGGUGAUGUUAACACAUGCAAGUAAUGGCUUCUGUUAGCCCAUUUUAUAUUCAUGUAUAAAAGAACCCCUUAGACAAGCAAUACUUUUGUUUACCAUUCUUUCACCACCACCACCACCCCCCCAACAAUGAAGACAGAUAGUUGAGGACAUGGUGCCAUGCGCAGAAGUAGUCUGGUUUUAGAACUUUUGCCAUGUUUUAUAAACAGUAGAUUACAGCAUAAAAACAUUAAUGGUAUCUGCUGGGGAACAUACAAGAAAUAAUAAUAUUAAGGCUCUUGAUCAGGGAAAUCUGAAAUUUAUAAAGCACUGCUAUAUGGAACUCUGGUUGUUUUUAAUAUACCCGAAUAGUGUUCAGUUAUCAAGUGCAGGCAUGGACACUGGCUUACAAAUGGACAGGAGAAUAUGGUUUACUUAUUCCUCUAAUCCGGCAGGGGAAUAAAUGUUUGGAAGCUGCUUAGUGCUACACUCCUCUAUGGUAUAACCCAAUCCACGAGAUUGCUACAGCUCCAAACAUUAAACUAUUGUUGUUUUAAACAUGAACCAAUGACAAAUCUGCCUUUUAUCAGGGAUUUUUUUUCUUUUGCAUGGGGUAUACAUUUGUUUUCUUGAUUUCAUUUUGCUUUUUUUCUCUCUCUCUCUCUCUCUCUCUCUAUUUUUUUAUUUAACUAUUAGAAUUAAAACACAAAAUGACUGAUAUGUGAAUCAUGAAUAUGUAUUUAUCAUGUAACAUUAGAUUAAUUUUUCAUUGUUGGAAUAGUUGCCUUAAAAUUUUUAUUUAACUUUCUGAUCAAGAUUUUAGAUUUGAUUCUGAUAUGGUCUGUGAUGUGUUACUGCAAAAUAAAACCUGCUUUCACAGUAUGCAGUCCUUUCUGUA